CUGCCCAUGCCGAGUGUGUACUUCCGUUUUGAGGUGUCAUGGCUGCGCCCUGUUCGCGUUAGGUCAAGCUAGCUGAACACAUUUGCCUCCCACAACGCUGCUCUUUCGAGUGCAGGAAUGACGUUGAAAGAUGCUAGGAAGUGGAACCGAUGUGUAUCUACGGUUUACGUCCUGGGUGUGUGGACGAUGCUCGGCUCCGUUGCAUAUUUGUAUUACACGGGUCGUUUCAAAAAUAGCACAGACUCGGCUCAAAAUGAAGAGGCAAAAGCAAGAGUACCGAAGAAUCCAAAUGAAUUUAUCUACCAGACGCCUCACAACAAAACUAUCGUCGUCUACAAAAAAGACUUUGUUCCAUACACAACAAGGAUCUACAAUUUCGUGCAGUCCUUCACCGGUGGUUCUGGGACUGCAGACAAAUGAAAUUAAAAAUGGACAAUGUGGACGAGUAUUAAGGACACACUAUGAUGCCGUACAAAUCAAUACAUUUGUAUGAGGGUGAACUCCAGUCAACUAAGUACAACUCCAAGAAAGCUACCAUCUGCUUUUGGGUUGUCAUGUCAUUUCCUAAAAAAAGGGAAUAUUAUUCUCGAUACCUUGGUUCACAGUUGUGAAAUAAAUUGUGCUCAAAUACACAUUACAUGGCAUCAAUAAAAAAGGCAGUGUCUUCUAUUGUACAUGGACAAAACAUUUUUUAUGUUGCUGUUGAGGGAAAAUAGUUCAUUUAAAUUCAUACUGAAAAUUAAUUUUCUACUGAUUAAAAAUUCAUCGAUUAGAUGGUCAGUAUUUGGUGGACAAUAUUCAAAGUCAUAAUUUUCUCCCACACAGAUAUCAGUCAUGAUCCCAACUUAUCAUUUUAUGUGGUCUGUGAACAUUUAGCAUACUCUGUAUUUUCCUUGAAUUCUGUUCAAAACUAUCCAUCCAUCCAUUAUGUGAACAGAUUUAUCCUCAGGAGGGUGACGGGUGUGCUGGAGCCUAUCCAAGCUGAUUUUGGGGAUGAGGUGGGGUACACCCAGACAAUUGCAGGGCACACAUAGACAAAGAAGAACCAAUUACAGUCACAAUCUCAUUAAAGGACAAUUUAGACUGUUCAGUUAACCAACUGUACAUGUUUUUAGAUUAUGAAGGAAACCAGAGUACCCGAAGAAAGCCCAUGCAGCAGGAACAUGUAAACUACACCCAGGAGGUCUGGUGGCCAGAAUCGAACCCAUGACCUCUGCACUGUGAGAUGGACCCGCCCAAAUAUUAUAAGCUUUUGCCACGCCGCGGGUGCUUUGCAAGCCACGUGUGUAAAUGCAUUACUUAACUUUUGGGCGAGCAGAUGUCAUGGCUGUUUCAUAUUAAAUGUGAAUAAAUAUUUCUGUUGACACAAAA